GAGAUAAUCCCUCAGGCUUUAUAUCGGCCAUACCUUUUUUCAAAUCUCUACCCCUUGAGGACAAAAUGUCUUUGACGCAAGAAUCUCUUUUGUCUUUUUUACUGGAGCACGGAGGCAAAGUGAAGAACUCGGAGCUGCUGAACAACUUCAGGACUCAAAUCAACUGCUGCGAUCCCGCGGAAAAGCAGCACAAUAGGGACCUUUUCAAGAAGCUGGUGAACAGCAUCGCUGUGGUCAAACAGCUCGACGGGGCCAAGUUUGUUUGUGUCAAGAAAAGGUACCAGGACUUUGUUAAAGAUGUGGCGCAUGAUGCCACGCAGAAAAUACCGAUGGAUGACAGUUUUUCAAGCCAGAAUACGAGCUUUUCGUACACAUCUCCUCAUCGAGCCGAGCCAGCCAGGAUGAUUUAUUCUGAUAUCGAGAACAAUAAUGUUUGCUAUCCCUCACACAUGAAUGGCAACUAUUGUAGUGAUGCCAAACAUGCGUCUGUGGGGCGCAUGCAGGAAAAGAGGCCGUUAUUAAGAAGCAUUAGUAGUACGGACGCAGCCACUGUUAAAGUCCUGAAUAUCUCAGGAGAUCAGGCGAUCAGAGCGGGGAAAUCUGGAGCUGUGUUUGCUGUCAUAGCCGUAAAAUCCCCUUCGAGAGCACCAGCAACACAGGAUGGAUUACAUUCUCAAAUGCAUCCGCAUACAAAUGCAGACAAACUUAUCACGUUGUCAGACAACACGACCAAAGUUUCUACACCGUCCGUGCCAACUCUCAAACCAAACAUUCCAGCUUGCAAGAAGGGUGCACUUCAUGAAUCGCAGUGUUGGAAAAACAAACAGACAGAGGACAUGCAACCCCCAAGCUUCCCCCUGGUGAGGCCCCAAAACAAGAGAGAUGAUGCAAAGGACUCAGAGUCUGUGCCUCUGGAGCCACUAGCUCAUGAGUGGUUGGUCAAGUGUGCUGCAGGACUGUGGGGACAAAUCCACGGUUUGCUGCUGCAGGACACACGGUUAGCACAGAAGAAAGACUUCAUGUCAGGUUUCACAGCACUGCACUGGGCUGCCAAGGACGGCAACAGCGAAAUGAUACACACACUCGUGGAUAUCUCCAGGAAAAGAGGCACUUGUGUUAACAUCAACAGCAAAGCACACGGAGGAUACACACCUUUACACAUUGCAGCUAUACACGGCCACACCGAAGUGAUGGUUUUGCUUGUGCAAACUUAUGGAGCUAAUGUAAAUGAAAGAGAUAAUGAUGGCAAGAAGGCCGUCCACUACCUGGGAAAAGGUGUGUCAGCCGAGGUGAGAGCACUUAUGGGAGGACUGCAGCAGAGCAAAUACAGGGAGAAGACAGAAGAUGAAGAGUACAGGGAGCACCAUAAAGGCUUCAACACAAUAAGUAAACUGUUCCAGCCUCACAUUGGGAAGAAACAAAAGACUGCAACUAAGUUUGCUCAUGACUGGUGAGAAUGACAGAUUCACAAAAGAAGUCAUGUUAAAAUCACAUUAGAUAAUACAGUAACACUUUAUAUUAAGGUACACAUAUUCACCAUUAAGUUGGUUAUUAGCAUGCAUAUUAGUAACAUUUUGGCUCUUUCUUAGUGACUAUAAAGCACUUAAUAAUGCAUUAUUCUGCAACAUCUAAAAGUUUUCCCACAAUAAAAUUAAGUUGUAAAUUAACUAUGAUCUUAAUAUGCUUUGUUCAGUAUGAGCCUUAUCAAGUCUUUCUAACUCAGAAUAUGUUUCCCAUUGUAAAGUGAGGAAGUAAUCACUAGUAGUUUGUUUGAAAACCUCUGAAGUGGUCCAUUAAUAACGGAGAUACUUGUGCCGACUCUGUUCUCCUCCCACUGAAUGAGAAUAGAACCAGUGCAUCUCAAUAGACCUAUAUUUUUUUCAAGGUGUAACCCAUCAAAAAAAGUGUCAGUUAAUUGCAAUAGUUGUGUGCUAUAAUUGAUAAACUAAGUGUGAAAAGGAGGACACUUUAGAAUAGGGAUCCUGUAUGAGUUAAGUGCCAAUUACUAGUGAAUUACUUGUAAGCUCACUUUAUAAUGGGAAAUAUAUUAUUUUAUUAUUCAUAUUCUAUUCUUCUUAAUAAGUGCUUUAUUGUGACUAAUGAAGAGCUAUAUGCCCCUGAUGUGCAUGCAAAUAUGCAACUAUUUAGUGGUUAAUAGGCAUGCCUUAAAAUAAAGGUGUACUCAUAAUACUUAUCUUAGUUUGUAUGUUAAUAUAAAAUAACUUAAAUCCUUGUCUAUCCUUUAGAUCACUUAAAGUCUAUAACUGAAUUACAAUGUUUAUCUCUCAGUACUUAUUGCAGCUCUCUUGUACAGUGUAUCACUGCUGGAUGUACUAUUUAUGAAUUUUAAUUUAAUCAUCUUUUUUCUUAAGCCGAAUUCCAUGUUUUUAUAAUGAACAUAUAAUUUUAAAUGCAUAUAAUUUAUGUUUUUCUGACUUAUUGUGCAAGUAUUCACACUUUUUUAUAGCCUGAUGUGUAUCAAAUCUUUAGAUGUUACUUCUUGAUUUGUGACUUCAAAGUAUGAGGAAAUAUUAAAACAGACCACACCUAAGAAACCGUUGCUAUCAACACUAGUGUAAAACACGUCACUGUGUUGUUGAAAUGCUUAUUGCUUUUGUGCACAGCAGCUCAUGUAUUUAUCAUCAACAUUAAAGUCCUUCAAAG